UCGGUACUUUAGUACUUCAGCGAGACUAAGCGGCUUUGGGCGUGAGAACGUGUUUUUUUUCGCGGGCGCUUGAAUAUCGCGUUUCGUUUUGUGUCAUAUGUAACGACAUUUUUUUCACGUAAAUUUUAUUUUGGUUUUGUUAGUUUGGGAACUCUUGAUUGGAUAGAAACCCUGGUUUAUAUGGACAUAGUAUCUUUUGGGAAUUUUAGGUUUAAUUAUUGGGUUCUUGUUGAUUGGUGCGGUGCAAACAUUGUUAUAAAAGGAGUGUUAAAAAAAAAUGUGGCUGAGUGACCGAAGUAGACAUUCUAGGCUCCCAGACGAUUCGGAUCUGGACAGUAGCUGCAGUAGUGGCGAAGAAAUACCAAUUUGGGUCAGAGGUGAGCAACGUUAUGUGUCAGGAGUAACGGAAGAAACCACGUGUAUGGAUGUUAUACAAGUUCUGUGUCAAGAUGAAGGAAAAAGGGGACGACAUAUGGGAUUACCAGAACAUUACCAAAUCACUGAAAGGUGGCGGGGGGUGGAACAGUCUUUGGAUCCCUAUUCCAAAAUAUUGGAUAUAUGGAACACUUGGGGAUCUGCACAAGCUGAAGUAAAGAUUUCUCUAAGACGUCUAAGAAGUGAUCGAUCGUCAAACAGAAGAACGAAAUGUAGAUCGGAUGCCAGCACUCACUCGGACCGAAGUAUAUUUAAAACCGUUCAUCCAAAGAGGUUUCAGGCAUUAAACACUGAAAAAGGAACCUCGACCACCGAUGAGCUGUUGAAGCUGGUGCUAGCACAAGGAGAAGUGAUUAGGAGACAGCUUAAAAAAUUAAGACAUAGUGAACAUCAAAUAGGUUACCUAGAAGAUAAAGCGCAUAGGGCAAGAGUUCGAAAGCAUGGAAGCAAUUACUUACUGGAAACUUAUCUCAAAGGCCUCUCAGAGGCAGUUAAUCCAGAACUAGAUCACAUUACAACAGUAGAUAAACAUAGUGAUAGCGGUGUGAUUACGGAAGGGGAUAGUGAGCAGUCUCAUAACACUAAUGGAAAAGAGUGCAAAAGUAAUAAUAAUGUUGAGGUCACUAGUGAUCGUUUUUCACCAUCAUCCGACGAGUUUAACCGAGAAAUUAAAGAUGAUGAUACCAGUUCAACAGUAAGUGAGUCUGCUCUAAAGGAGCAAUCUGAUUUACUGGAAAAAAUCAUCAAGCUGAAUAAGAACCUGCUGAGGGAGGAAGAAAACCUUACAAAACUUGACAACAAUUUAAAGAAAUAUGACAGAAAUAAACUCGUUGAACUUCAGAAAGUGCAGGGCAACGAAGAAGUAAACAAGGAACUUACAAAGCUUCGCACCGAAAUGGCGAAAAGCUCAUGUGAAAUGCAACACAACGAGAUCGUUUUAGAGGAAACCCUGGAAGUACUGGAGAGAAGAAGAAAACAACUGGAGCAUCUCCAUCAAGCACUGACCAAUGAAGAUCAAGAAUACGAAAUGCUGCAGGCGUUAUUAUAUAGUAAUAUGCAGCAACGAACCAGGAUGGGUUACAAUCAGAUAUAUCGUACCAAAGAGAUGUUGGAUACCUUAGUAUAAGAAUUGAUAGUCUGUUCUUAUUUUAUUUAAAAUAAUACCAAAUAUUUUUUGUACCUAAUGUUUUUAUUUUAUGGAUUUUUAUUAACACAGUUUGAGUCACACUUUGUUAAAUAUUAUAAUUAUUUAAGAAAAAAAAUAUAUUUUUUUUAUUUAGA